UCAGAUGUGGCCAGAUCUUAUUCAGAAGGCCAAGGAAGGUGGUGUUGAUGUGAUUCAGACUUACGUUUUUUGGAAUGGGCAUGAGCCUGAAUCUGGGAAGUAUUAUUUUGAGGAAAGGUAUGAUUUGGUGAAGUUUGUUAAGCUGGUUCAGCAAGCAGGGCUUUAUGUCCAUCUCAGAAUUGGUCCCUAUGCUUGUGCUGAAUGGAAUUUUGGGGGUUUUCCAGUUUGGCUGAAGUAUGUUCCAGGUAUAAGUUUCAGGACGGAUAACAAGCCUUUUAAGGAUGCUAUGCAAACAUUCACAACCAAGAUUGUGAAUAUGAUGAAAGCUGAAAGAUUAUAUGAAACUCAAGGUGGCCCAAUCAUACUAUCUCAGAUUGAGAAUGAAUAUGGGCCAAUGGAAUAUGAGCUCGGUGCACCUGGCCGAGCUUACACGAAAUGGGCUGCAAAAAUGGCUGUCGAUCUUGGCACUGGUGUACCGUGGGUCAUGUGCAAGCAAGAUGAUGCCCCUGAUCCAAUUAUUAAUACCUGCAAUGGUUUCUAUUGUGAUUACUUUUCUCCCAAUAAAGUUUAUAAACCCAAGAUGUGGACUGAAGCGUGGACCGGCUGGUAUACUGAAUUUGGUAGUCCAGUCCCUUACCGUCCGGCCGAAGAUUUGGCGUUUUCUGUUGCUAAAUUUAUUCAGAAAGGAGGUUCUUACAUUAACUACUAUAUGUACCAUGGAGGAACAAACUUUGGCCGGACGGCUGGUGGUCCGUUUAUCGCGACUAGCUAUGACUAUGAUGCACCUCUUGAUGAGUAUGAUUUGCACCGAGCAAUUAAACUCUGCGAGCCUGCUUUAGUAUCUGCAAACCCUGUUGUAACACGACUCGGACACUAUCAGGAGGCUCAUGUUUUCAAAUCGAAGACCGGUUGUGCUGCUUUCCUUGCAAAUUACAAUCAAUAUUCAUUUGCAAAAGUGGCUUUUCGUGGACAACAUUACAAUUUGCCCCCUUGGUCUAUCAGUAUCCUCCCUGACUGCAAAAACACUGUCUACAACACAGCAAGGUCUUACAAUGAGGAAGCUGCUUCACACGAAGAUAAUUCAUUUACAAUGGUUGGAUUAUUGGAGCAGAUAAAUACCACUCGAGACAAGACAGACUAUUUAUGGUACACAACAGAAGUGAUAAUUGACUCGAAUGAAGGAUUUUUAAGUGGCGGCGAGUGGCCCGUUCUUACUGUGCUUUCUGCUGGCCAUGCAUUGCAUGUAUUUAUCAACGGACAGUUAUCAGGAACUUCUUAUGGAAGUCUCGAAAAUCCCAGAUUUACUUUCAGUGAAGGCGUGAAUCUGAAUGCUGGAGUGAACCAAAUUUCUCUCCUCAGCAUUGCCGUUGGUCUUUCGAAUGUGGGUCCUCAUUUUGAGACGAGGAAUGUUGGCGUUCUUGGUCCCGUUUCUCUCAGUGGUCUUAAUGAAGGAAAAAGAGAUUUGACGUGGCAAAAGUGGUCUUAUAAGGUCGGUCUAAAAGGAGAGUCUAUGAGCAUUCACUCACUUACUGGAAGCACUUCUGUUGAAUGGGUCGAGGGAUCGUAUGUCAGUGAAAGACAACCGUUAACUUGGUACAAAACCACUUUUAAUGCUGCGGAUGGAAAUGAGCCGUUGGCUUUAGACAUGAACACAAUGAGCAAAGGCCAAAUUUGGAUAAACGGUCAAAGCAUUGGUCGGUAUUGGAAUCAGUACAAGGCAUUUGGUGACUGUGAGCCCUGCAAUUACGCUGGCUCGUUUAACGAGAAAAAAUGCCUAACCAGUUGUGGUGAAGCUUCCCAAAGAUGGUACCAUGUUCCUCGAUCAUGGCUUUACCCAACCGGGAAUCUUCUUGUCGUGUUCGAAGAAUGGGGAGGAGAUCCUUACGGGGUCAAUUUGGUCAAAAGGGAAGUUUCGAGCGUGUGUGCCGAUAUUUACGAAUGGCAGCCGAAUUUGAUGAAUUGGCAAAUGCAGGCAUCGGGAAAAGUCGAGAGGCCACUGAGGCCCAAAGCCCACCUCUCGUGCGCCCCCGGACAAAAGAUCACGUCCAUCAAGUUUGCUAGCUUCGGUACCCCUCAGGGGUACUGCGGUAAUUUCUCAGAGGGGAGUUGCCAUGCGUUUCAUUCUUACGAUGUUUUCGAUAGGUAUUGUGUCAACCAAGAAUCUUGCACGGUGCCUAUUACACCCGAGAUCUUUGGUGGGGAUCCUUGUGCGAAUGUCAUGAAGAAAGUAUCAGUCGAGGCCAUUUGCAACUAAGGAGAUCGAUAUAAUUUGAAGAAAAACAAGAAAAUCAAGAUUUGCUCAUUUGGUUUGUCCUUCAAUUUUUUUUAUAAUUUAUCGGGACCUUAUUUUUCGUCCGGGCUUUUGGUAGGGGUGAAGUUGUACAUAUAAUGCAACACACCAUCCGAACCGAAAGCUUCCUAGUACAUUAUGAAGGUAAAGAAAAUAUGCAUAUAUAUAUAUAUAUAUAUAUAUAGCCGUUAAGUUGUCGAUUUUGUGUCGCAAAACUGUAGAAUGGAAGUUUGAUGGGGGUAAGAUGAAGGGACAUUGUGACUUUACGAUGAGUCCAUGCGCAGUUUCGUCUCUCGAUCAGUCGAAGCUAUUGGCUUUGUAUGAUCUGGGAUUGUAUAUUUUUCGAAGUGUAUGAAAAAAGAAAAAGAAGCAAUGUUCCAUUGCUUUUUACCCUUGCAAGGACUUGCAAGUUCAUUGAUGUGCAAUUUAUCUGAUGAAGAUUCAAGCUACUUUUAACUUUUGGAAGUGCUA